GUCAUGUGACGUGAUUAUAUUUUCUUUGGUAUGUGCGUCAAUAUCAAUCAAGAUACUCCGCAAAAUAAUUUGCGAAUUAAAUAUAGGGCUAGAAAUAACUAAAAAGCCAAAGAAAAUGCCGCUUAUACGUUCGGCUAGUUUCAAUUUAUUUAUUGAAAUCUUUGUCCGCAUAGCUUUACUUUCAGCUUUUUGCUAUAUGACAACCAUGGCACCCUACGUGCGAGUCAUACAGCCGGCCGACCUGGAGUACUCGCUGAAGUACCCGCGUCACGAGUCCUUCGUCCCGGGGCACGUGUUGUGGUCUAUAGUGCUGGCAGUGCCUUGCGUGCUGUCCAUCACAGCGUGGGCUGUGUGCAGCGACUGCAAUGACGCUUUAGAGUUCUUGCUGGCGUGGACUUUGGCUAUGGGCAUGAAUGGAGUCACCACAAACAUGGUCAAACUAAUAGUAGGCAGACCGCGUCCGGAUUUCUUCUACCGCUGCUUUCCGGACGGUAUAGAGACAAUGGAUCUACAGUGUACAGGGGAUCCGGGUGAAAUCAUGGACGGACGGAAAUCGUUCCCCAGCGGGCAUAGUAGCUUGUCGUUCUGCUCACUGGGUUUGGGCAGCCUCUGGCUCUGCGGGCGCCUGCGCGCGGUGUCGCGGCGGCGUGGAGGCGCGCGGCUUGUGCUGUGCGCCGCGCCGCUUGCGCUUGCGGCCUGCGUGGCGCUGAGUCGAAGCUGCGAUUACCAUCAUCACUGGGAAGAUAUCCUAGUCGGUUCUACCCUCGGUUACAUAACAGCGUUCAUCUGUUACCGGCAAUACUAUAACCCUUUAACGUCAGACCUAGCCGGGGUCCCAUAUAUAGUGUCAAACACGGAGCUAGCUCAGUAUGUGAACGGGACAGAUAGCCCUAGUAAAGAGCGAGAUGAGAAUACACCGCUACUGAAGAAGGUAGAUAAGUGGAUAUAGUUUAAGUAACAACAACACUCAACAACUAGAGACUAGCUCAGGACCGGGACAAAUGGCGUACUAGAGAGGCCUAUGCUCAGCAGUAGGU